CCCCUCUAAACCAAUCAGAUCAGGGCGCCUGCUCACAUGACGCGUCACCCUGGCGUCUACAAAGAGAUGUAGUUAACUUUCAAGAUAGUUAUCUCCCAAGAUACUUAAAUAGCCUCGUAGAAAACACCAACAUUCGUCCGGCAGACUGCAAAAUAAAACAGUCGGAAAUUUGGCUUGACGACCAACAGGAGGUACCAGCGUGACACACAUAGGAGACUAGCAACUCGCUAAACGUUUUUUUGUUUUUUGUUAUAAGGCUAUUUUGUCGUAUAGCAUGUCUGGCGGACCUAAACGAAACCGGAAGUAAGCUGGAGUGAUUGCUCUCGCUUCGCCUCAAUACAAGUUCUCUCGUCUCUGUGGCUGUCAGCUGGCAGCAUGGUCGUGCUGAGAGGAAUCCCCUCUGUGUUGUCACCUGAACUGCUGUAUGCUCUGGCUAAAAUGGGCCACGGGGAUGAACUGGUUCUUGCUGAUGCAAACUUUCCAGCAUCUUCUAUUUGUGCUUGUGGUCCAAAAGAGAUAAGAGCUGAUGGUUUGGGAAUCCCACAGCUUCUGGAGGCCGUUUUGAAGCUGUUGCCCCUGGACACCUAUGUCCCCUCUCCGGCUGCAGUCAUGGAUCUGGUAGACAGUGACAAACAGAGAUGUUUAGCUGUCCCUGUGUGGGACACUUACACACAGCUCCUGGGUCAGGCUGGAUCUCAGACUCCUCUCGAGAAGGUAGAGAGGUUUGCUUUCUAUGACCGAGCCAAGAAAGCCUACGCUGUUGUGGCAACAGGGGAAACGGCUUUGUAUGGUAACCUGAUACUGAAGAAGGGGGUCAUUCCUGCUGAGCUGCUACAGUGACACACACGUUUUAAAGUAAUGAUGAUCUAAUGAUUUAGUCACAACUGUAAUUCUUUCUAAUGAAUAUCAGGAGAAGGUGAAUAGUUCAAAACCCUAAUGUGUUCUUGUUAAUUUGUAAUUAAUACUGUAAAAUAUGAUAUGAUUAAUCUCCAGUUUACAUGGACCAGAAAACAUUUAGUUUUUUUAUAACUGGCAUCUGUUUUGUACAUAUUUCAAUGAAUAAAACACAUGAAGUCUUU